CCAAAAUUUUCAUUUCACUCUGCGACAUUGAACAAAUCACAAGUAAAACCGCGUCAUAGAAUUAUAUAAAAAGAAAGAAAAAAAUGGUAUUGGAGCAAUUAAUAAAAAAUCAUCCCACUGCCGCGUAAUUUGAUGGACUGGAGGAAGAGGCAAAUAAUUAUAAUCACUUUUUUAUACCAAUUGUGUACUUUAUUAAAAGAAAAAUUCAGAUAUUUUGUAGUAUAAAAUGGACGAAGAAGCCUCCAUUUUUAGGGCGUGAUCUGCAAUUUUUUUCCAUUCGCAAAAGAGAAAGAAAAUUUAGUAAAACGACGUGUCCAGAUUUCUACGUAUUAUAAUCUAAGUAAAAUAAUAACCAAACAUCUGACAAAAUUACGUCCGAAACGUUUAUAGCUGCCAGAAAAGAUAAAGAAUUUGUUAGAAAGGACAAAGACGAUUUGCCAACAAAAAGACAGAACAAAAAGAAUUCAUCAUCGAAGUUUUCUUAUCUAAUGUCGUAAUGUGGUGUAAUAUCCAUUGAGUUCGCGAGUUUUUCAUUCAGUCAUUUUAUAUAUUCGAAUAAACAAAAGACUUAAAGCAAAACGAUGCAUAGUAAGUGAAGUGAAAUUGUGACAGAUAUUUUUCAGAAAUUUUAAAGGAAGCCCAUCGCGCAGCUGAAAGCAAAAAAAUUGUACAAAAAUGCCUCGUAUCGAUCCACAACAAUUGUUGAAUUGCCUAAGCGUUCUGCUGGCAACAAAUGGCGGCAUCAAAAGCUCCAAAGAAGUAAAUCGACUCGUCCAGUUGAUGGGAAAAUUUUCCAAAAAACUCGUUUCCAAAUGCAUUUACGUUCAAAUAUUGAAGUCCACCGAAACGGAAUUGUUGGGCCAAUUCAUGGCGGAUGGUGGCUGGGCAUUGUCUCACAUAUGGUUGCAGGACGGAAUUCUGACCAGAAACUGGCCAUUGGUGCAAGAACUGUUGGAACUGAUGCUACUGUGUCCGGUUGAUGUUCAGCGUCUGAAGUCGAACUCGGCACCGAAAUUGGUCAAAGGUCUAUCGAAGGAGGGCGGCAACGAAGGUGUGCGAAUACUGGCGUCGAAGCUGGUUGAGCAGUGGUUGAAAAUUGUCAAAGGCGAAUCAUCACUCACACCGGUUACAGUUCAACAACAGGAUGUCGUCGUGGCUGUUCUGAAGCCUGAAGUUCCGGAAGUGAAGGAAGAAUCUACGGAAAGCGGCGACGAUGAGGAGCUCGACGAAGCGGAUGAGUCCGAAGAUAUGGUUGAUCCGUUGGAAAUUCCAAGCAAUCAUGUGCCACAAGAUGACGUUGAUUCGAAAGAGCGACUAUCCAAGGCUAAAAGUGAUGGUCUGGUGUACAAAAUAACUGUUAAAGAUGGCAAACAAGUGUUUGCUAAGCUGGAGGCUUCUCCAAAAAAGGAGGCGGAUAGCGAAAAGGCAAAAGUAAAGAGCGAACUCAAUACUAAGACGAAGAACGAAGACACAGUCAAGGGAAAAUCAGAACCGAUUGCCAAAUUGAAAAUUGCAACGGUUGAUGGUAAGAAACAAAUCAAAGACAAAGUUAAACAAGAGAGCGUCGAACCAAAAGAACUAGACAAAGUCGAAGCGAGUAAAAAAGUGGAAAAGGCAAAGGGUGAUACAGUCAAAGAGAAAUCCAAAUCUGAUGAUAAGGAACGGCGAAAUAGCAAAGAAACUGCGAAAGAAUCGGGUGAUGUCAAGGAGUCAAAAGAAGCGAAAGAGAAAAGAAAAGAUUCGUCAUCGAAAUCGUCAUCAUCAUCUUCGAAGCACAGUAGCAGUAGUAGCGGCCGAAGCUCAAGUCAUAAAUCUAGCCGUAGUGAUAGUAAACAUAAGACAAGUAGUAGCAGCAGCAGUAGCAGCAGUCGUGAUAAAAGCAGAGACAGUGAACGAGAUAAAGAAAGGGACAAAGACCGAGAUCGAAGCUCGAAAUCAUCGUCCAGUAAAAGCUCAAGCAAAAGCAGCAGCUCGUCGUCUAGUAAAUCCAGUCAGUCUAAAGAAAAACGCGACUCAAUCGACGAAAAAGUUUCACAAUCGAUGAAAGACAAAGAUACGUUGACCAAAGUCAUCCCGCCAUCAAUAACCAAACUCGGAAAAAUCCCGAAAAAAAUUGUCACUUCCGACGGCGAAAGUGCCGCAACCACCGAAACUGGACCAUCCAAAAAGUCAUCGAUAUCAAUCGAGGUCAAAAAAGACACCGAAAAUCGCCCGAAAACCGUCAAAACAUUCAACUCCAAAUUCCGCAGUCACGGACUGGCCGAAGAAGCACCGCCACCGCCGAGCAGACGGGGCUUACAGCGUCCAUCAUCUCAGCCAACCGCUGGUGCAUCAAUACCGGGUACAACGGUAACGAAACGACCAUCACCGCCGCCCGAAAAGAAGGAUGCAGUGGUACCGGAAAAGAAACUGAAAAUCGACACAUCGUUGGCAGUGGAGAAACCGGGCAUCAAACUGAUACCGGCCAAGCCGAAAACCCCAGUGCUCGUUGAGUCGGAUAUGUUCAUGGACGCAAUAUUUGCGUCUCAAACGACCAAAAAGGACGGUGCACGGAAGCGAAAACGAUUGACGAGUCAGUCAACAUCCGAAACAACUAAGCCGGAAAAGGUGCAAUCACCCGACGCCAAAUCGGUGGCUCCGAAAUUUUACCAAGACACGUUGGACAAUGAAACCAAGGACGAUGACAAAGCGGAUGAGUCGAAGAAACAAGACGUAACGGAUGUGGAGGCCACCAAAACCCCCACGGAAACGGAGGAUGGUGCCGAUGUGGAAAUGCAAGAAGUUGAUGAUCCGGUUGAAACGAAAGAGAUAGAGAGUGAAGUUGUUGAAAAUAAAAAGCCUCCGGGACCGGGUUGUGGUCCGAACGGUCCGCCAGGCGUUUUGACAAUUUUGAAACGGAAGGGUCCGAAAAAGCAAUUGAGGUGGAGACCACAAGAAUCUCUCGAAGAAAUCCAUUACUUUGAAUUAGAUGAAACUGAACGGACGAACGUUAGUCGAAAUUCCGUUGACUCGCAUCAAUCGAACGAGCGUGAAGGUGACGCCUUUUUAAUUGCUCGGAAAAUGAAUGUCGAUGACCAAAUGACUGAACAAAUUCCAUGGAAACAACCACUGCUUAUAGUAGACGAUGUUCCACCACAUCCACAAGGAAAGGACAGCAAAGAAAAGAAAAUUCAAUACGAUCGUGAAUUGACCUGCCUGCGUGCUAUUUAUUUCAAUCGUUCCAUGAUUCCGGAAAGCCCGGCAGAGCCGGAUAUGGAACACUAUCAAAUAACAGACGCUGCAGUUAUUCCACUGGACGAUCCCAAUGGCACUCCGGAAGGAAUUAAGAAUUUUGUUGGAUAUUCUUGGCCAGAACCACGCGGAUCACCCAGACACCAAUCGAUCGGCUUCGAGGAUCCGGUACCGUUCAACAAUUUCCCGCCUAAUUUCGGUUUCAACAAUGGGCCCGGAUGGAACAAUCAACCGAAUCUUUUACCACCAGCGUUCAACGGUCCACCCAAUCUGUUAAAUAUGAAUACCAUACCACCGGAGCCAGUGAACAACAUGAAUAUGAACAUGAAUCCGAUGAAUCCAAUGAACCUACCAUUCCCGCAAAACCAGAACUUCGGUCCGCCGAACGGAAUGCGAAAUAAUAAUUUCAACGGAAAUAACUUCGGUAACGAUCGCAUGAAUCCAGGACCGCCGCAAAACAAUCAAAAUUGGUUUCGGCCGAAUGGUCCGCAGAAUAAUUGGCGACCACCGAUGGGUAACAACAACAACAAUAAUAAUAAUAACAAUAACGGAAAUCGACCGCGACACGACUGGAAUCCACGAAAUAUUUGCCGUGCGUUCGCGAAAGGCUUCUGUCGACAUGGUGAUAAGUGUCAGUGGUUACAUCCGGGCAUCAAUUGCCCUCCAUUCAAUUGAACGGUGAACAAUGAACAGUAAACAAUGCCAUAAAUUAGUUGGACACUUUUCUCGUGAAUUUGUUACACUUCAAAAUGCAAAUAUGGCAAUGAAAACAAUAAAAAACAAAUUUUCUGUGAUUUCUCAGCUUGGAUGAAGUGAGAGUUUAGUGGAUAGAGACUGCUGAUAUUAUUGAUUAAAAA